AUGUUCCAGAUUCGUGAACUUGCUGCGCUCACCGGCAGUCUCCUAUAUCUGGUCUCUUCCCAUCACGCUGCUGCCGCUCUGCCUGAAACCAAAAAGACGGGAGAGUAUGGAUUGAAUGACGCCGCAAAGGCCCAUGGCAAGCUCUAUUUCGGAACCUCGACUGAGCCUUCUAAAUUUCUACAAGACGCCGCCUAUUACAAACAGCUGAACAACACACAUGACUUUGGCCAGCUUGUCGCGGAGGGCAGUAUGAAGUGGGACGAGCUAGAGCCAGAGCGCAACGUCUUUGAUUUCUCCGUGGGCGACCAUAUCACCGGCCUGGCAGCUGCCAAUGGGCAGAUCACCCGCUGCCACAAUCUUCUCUGGCACCUGUCAACCCCUGACUGGGUUGUCAACGGCGGCUUCGACAAUGCUACCUUGAUCUCGAUUAUCGAGAACCACAUCACUGAAGUGGUCAAACAUUACAAGGGCAGUUGCUAUGCCUGGGACGUCGUUAAUGAAGCCGUGGUAGAGAACGGCACCUGGCGUUCAAGCGUCUUCUACGACACCAUCGGGCCAGCCUACAUCCCCAUCGCGUUUGCCGCAGCGGCGAAGGUAGACCCAGACGUCAAGCUCUACUACAACGACUUCGCCAUCGAGCUGCCCAGCCCCAAGUUCUCGGCAACGGUGGACAUCGUCAACAUGGUCCGCGCCUACGGGGCCAAGAUCGACGGGGUCGGGCUGCAGGCGCACUACGACCUCAGCGGCAUGCCACCGGAGGCGCACUUCGAGCUCGGGAGCAUGCCCAGCUACGACGAGCAGGUGGCCGUGAUGAGGACCCUCGACGAGCUGGACCUCGACUUCGCCAUCAACGAGAUGGACGUGAGCGUGCUGACGCCCGGCAACGCGACCAUCUUCCACAAGCAGGCAGAGACCUACUACAACGCGACAGCGGCUUGCCUCAACUUCGAGAGGUGUGUAGGCAUCACCGGCUGGGAAUGGACUGACAAGUAUUCGUGGGUGCCGCACUAUUUCCCCAAUCUCGGCGAUGCUUUGCCGUGGGAUAAGGAUCUUAACAAGAAGCCGGCGUAUUACGGCACCUUACGGGCGCUGAAAGAGUUCAACGGCACUUUGGAUGUAUAA